AUGUCUGCGUACGGCGGGUUCACCGACCCGUUCUUUGCCGCCGAGUCUGCCAUGGUCGACGUCGAGCUGUCUCUCCUCUUCUAUCCUCUCCUCUCCCCUCCUCCUCCCACCGAGGCUGGCGAGCCUGUCGAGGCCGUCGAGGCUGGUGUGAACGACCUGGCCGCCCAGUUCUCUCCCUUCUUCGCCCCCUCUUUCGCCGGGUCUGUCAAGAGUGACUCCGCCCUCUCGCCCCUCUUCUCUCCUCCUCCCUCUCCUUCACCUAUUGCCGACGAGACCUCUGCCACCACCAUCGGUGACGAGAACGACUAUGGCGAUGGCAACAAUGAUUACUCUGCCCUCUCGUCUCUCUUCUCUGCCCCUCCCAGCCCUUCUCCCGUCUCCGACGAGACCACCACCACCCCCAUCGGCAGUGACGAGAACAACUUCAGAGACGACUACAGCGACCCUUCGCCUGUCGAGCGGAAGACCAGCGACAAGCCCAAGCCCAAGGCUCGAUCUUCCGCUCACUCCACCAAGUCCAACUACCUCAAGGCUAGCGGUGGUCAGAGCCCAGGUUCGGACAAGAAGUCUCACGCCAAGGGAUGUAAACGCAAGAGCAACUCUUGCGAUUACUGCAAGCGGCGUCAGAUCAAGUGCGAUCGGGACAACUUCGAUGCUUGCACCGCCUGCCUCAAGAAGGGGAUCGACUGUGUAUACAACAUCGUCCCAGGCAAGCGAGGCGCAUUGAAGGCUUCGCAAGAGGGCGUCGCCAUGGGCCGUACCGUCUCAGGUAGCCUCAUCAACGGCGGUUUGCCCUCUACCCCUUGCCUCUCCUCGUCUCCAAGCAGCAACGCCUCAGUUGCCAUUCACACCCCUCCUCGCGCCGCCUCCACCACGUCUACCGUCGUCGUCCCCGCCUACAUCUAUCCCCAGUUCGCGUCGACCUCCUCCGCCAACUGCAACAUCGUCGCUGCGCUUUCUUCCCCGGCAUCUUCUUCCGGUGCCUCCCGCCCCUCCCAACUUCUUGCUGCUCCCGUAGCUACUGGUCCAGAAAUGAAUCUCGAAGGCGAGUUCGACUUCGACCAGUUUUACAGGGACAUCGGGCUGGUUGCCCCCGCCCCCAAAGUCGCCCCCGUCAAGUCGGCCGUGGCGGAGAUGCCUACCAACGUCUCCUCCAGCUUCGUGCCCAACCCCUCCUUCUCCGCUAUCCCUCCUCCUCCCUUCCAGCCCUUCUCUGAAGCGGCUCCCAUCGCGCCACUUCCUGCGGCUGACGCGCAAGGGGCUGCUGCCGUCAGCCAGCAGCGGUGGACCUUGGCGCAGUGGUGCAGGGACAACGGCAUAAACGAGGCUACUUUCCUCAGCGACCCGGUCUUCCAAGAUCCCAAGACCCGCUGA